AUGUUAUACUUUCUUGCAGACAUUGAUCUGUAUAGUGAUUGGAAGACUCCUCAGUCAAAUCGAUUCUCCGAACUGACUGAAGACGAGGUGUUGGUGUUAUUCUAUUUUCUGUGUUCUGACUCCGGUCCUCCUGACUUAUUUGACACAGAGUGGCUGGAUUUAAUUAAUGAAAUAAGACAGAGUGUAUUCAAAAUACGUCUUCCUUUAACAUAUGAAGAAGCAAAACAGAAUGUGGAUCGCAUGUCGUUUCUUUUAGAGUGGAAAGAAAGGAAAGGCCUAACUAUUGAGACAAGGAAUGAUAUCAUGUAUCAAAUAUUGCAUUAUGUCCAUACUCCUGAUGCCAUGUUUUAUUUAUUUAGUUUCAUUACAUCACAGAAAUACCUGAGAUCACUGAGAUACAAAAAAACUCCCGGAGAAACGUGUAUCAUUGGUAAAAGGUCUUACUGUGAUUCCCUAUUGAUCCAGCGUCUACAGUUGAACAUACUGAAUCAUGAUACAAUGGGGGACACAGAGAUCUUUAAAGAAAUAUCCCAGAGCUUGAUGGUGCCUAUGGAUAUCAUACGAGGAACAGAAAAUAAAAGGAGAGAAUUCGUGGAGAAUUUAAAACAGACAGGAAACAUUAUAUAUAACGAAAAAACGAAUUUCAAAGAUCAACAAGUGAAAUGGCUGUGGAGAUACCAAUCGGACGCUAGACCUGACAUCGUUAGAUCCUGUAUAGGCCUUUAUCCUCAUAGUGAUAUCUACGUUAUAGACAACAUGGCUUAUAGAAAAUCAAUUCAACAUCACGAAUACAAAUGGGAUACCAGGUGUCUGUUGUAUUGUUUACUUCUGGUUGACGAGUAUACACUACAUAUCAAUGAAGGUGCACAUAGAGUGACGCUAAACAGGCUAAGAGAAAGAUACUUUAACGAAUAUGUCAAGUCUAAUGUCAUAAUUAGUACUAAAGACAUCCCUGUUGGAAUCAUACAUAAAGUGGACAAUAAGAUAACCUUUGCAUCAGAUUCAAUCCGACAUGACGUCAUGUACGCCUUUGUUACGGAGUGUUUGUUUGACAACAGUGAUCUGGAGUUUUUCCUGACCACAGCGUCACGUGACGUGAUAUCAGAAUACUGUCGGUCCUGGAAGUAUGAGAGGAGUGAGGGAGAGAGAUGUCUUUUUGUACCCAGCAUACCAGAUAAUAUGUACAACCUCUUCAUAGACAAACUACAGCUUGACAUCAUCACACACUGUACCGUGUCUGACCAAGAUAUCCAUGGCAGGAUUAAUAAACACUUUGGUGUACCUAGUGAAGUAUUGCAAUGGGACCGGGAGGCAAGAGAGCGAUACGUAGGGUACAUAAAGAGAGGAACACAGACAGUCCACCAUGCCCGGGGGAUGAUCGUAGGAUGUGCUGGGGCGGGCAAAACCACGCUACUUCAACGUUUACUAAAUCCAGAAGAAAAGGAGGUACCGAAAGUGAGAACAACAGUAGGCCUAGAAGUGCAUGAGGAAAUAUUCGAAAUUUGUGAUGGAAAAUUGAAAGUUAAAUCAAGCACAGACAAGCAUAUUUCCGAAAACAAGAAGAGGCCGGAAGAUUCAAAUCAUUCUUUGGAGGAGGAAAUAACCAAAACAGUCAGUUUUUUUGACUUUGGGGGACAAUGUGCAUACUACGCCUGUCACCAGAUAUACCUGACCAGGAGAGCUUUCUACAUACUGGUAGUAGAUGCCUCCAAAGAUCUAUACAAAGAAGUGGAUAGGAAUGCAUGCGACCAGGGUGAUACUGUUUUCAAUGGUUGGACAUACAAAGAUUACUUUGAAUUCUGGUUGAAGUCGAUUCACACGUACUGUUCGCAGCCAACUGAAAAAGAUAAAAAUAUUGAUGUAAUUAUAGUUGUGACGCAUUGGGAAAGGCGAGUUGACCAGGACACAAAGGCCUUCGGUAGAAUUUUACGCAACACAUUGUCGCCUCAUUCAAAUCUGGGACAGUAUAUCGGAGCAAACUCUUUGUUCUAUGCACAGUUUCCGUUGGAACCUUUGGCGGAACUUGAAAACUUCAUUGUAGACCUUGCUUUGUCAAGAAAAUGGAGUGAAAAAAUACCACACGAAUGGGAGUUUUUGAAUCAAGAGAUAGAGGAAAAUAGAAAGAUCAAGCGUAUCUUGCCUUUUCCUGAGGUGUGCAAACGAAUGCCAGUUAAUGAAACUGAAAAAAAUGAGAGCACGAAGGACAUGUUGCGAUAUUAUCACGACGCUGGAAAAGUUCUUUACUUUAAUGAAGAAGGUCUGCGAGAGACAGUUAUAAUUGAUGUCCAAUGGUUUGUCGAUGCAUUUAAAAACAUCAUAACAGAUGCAAAUCACACACAAGGGAUAAAUAUUGUUAAACAUAUCUGGGAUGAAUACUACAGCACAGGAAACUUACAAGCAGAACUUUUAAGCAGAAUUUGGGAAAACGAAGAUGAAAAAUUGAUGAAAUCCUUGAGAAAGGAGAACGCAUCAUUUGAAAAGAAUGAUCCUCGUUUUCUCAUGUAUCACAGAGAGGCUCUGCUAUCAUAUAUGCAGAGGCUUGGUUUGAUAGCAAUUGGCGAUACCUGCCAUUACGUGCCUUGCAUGAACAAAAAACCGUUUGCUGAGCAACAGAUGGCUAUCAUCAAGGAAGCACCUAUGACGUCCUCUGUUUUAGUGUUCUUGUUCGAUUUUUUACCUUUCUUUCUUUUCUAUCGGCUUGUCGUCAAAAUUAUGGUCGAUGGAAUCUUUCAAGUUCUAAAAAACAACGAUAUUAGUUGUUUGUAUAAAAAUGCAGCCUUGUUUAGUUACAAAAAUCACAAUAUUGCUGUAGCAGUGACAUCAACCUCGAUUCAGCUGCAAGUUUAUCAGCCCAAGCCAAGGCUCAAAUUAAAGAAGAAAGUCGCCUUGUUUAUUAGAAAAAGCAUUGAGCAGGCGAUGAAAGAAAUAACCACAACUUUUCACAAACACCUAUCAUUUAGACUGGGAUAUAUCUGUAACGAAGCGGAAAACCAAAUACUGGGUAAAGAGAUAACACAUAACUUCCUUGAUGAAACAAAACUGACAAAAAGGAAAAAGAUGACGUGUCCUAAUCAUCAAAUGGAAAAUUGCCACACGAUCAAUCCUGAAUAUCUGCAAGGUUUCUGGAAGUUACACCUCCGGUCAUUUGUUUUCAAGCGCAGUACAGGGGCACAUUCUACAGUAACCCUUCGUGGUACUGUAGGUAAGACAUAG